AUGCGCGUUCUUUCCUGGCUCAAGCGCCCUGGGCUCUUGUCGCCGCCUCGCGGCCCGCCGGAGUCCCUCAGCUCCCAGCAGAAGCGCAGGGGCCAGUACUGGUGGCAGAGCGGAGGGGUGCAGCGGCCAGGACAGCCCUGCAGCCUCCAUUCUCCCAGGCAUCCAUUGACCGCCAGGGCACCUUCCCGACAAAACCUCCUGCUGGUGGCUACGAUUCAGCCUGACCGUGGCGAGGUGGCCCCACCUGCCCUGGGCCAAGAGCACAUCCAGCCUGUGGGAGUGCAGGGAGCCCUCGGGCGGCCGCUCACCCACCUGCCUCCUGAGAGCGCAUCUUGGGCCUCCGCCUGGCUCCCCGCGGUCAGACAGGAGCGCGUCUUUCUGUGUCCAGGGAGGCGCAGUGACCCACGGAAAGGCGCUGCCUUCCGGGCAGCCUCUACCCCGCCGCCCCACUGCGGGUCCCACUUGAACUUCAGCUCCCCCGGCCCUCGCCCUCGAGGCCCCCGCCUAGAAAAUCCACACAAGGCAAACCACCCACGGGCCUCCACAUCUGCGUGGCCUCACCUGUGCCCUCCACCUGUGGCCCCGGCCCAGGUGGCGGUAGCAGGUCGGCGGCGCGGCACCAGGUCAGACAGAGAGCAGCCGCCUUCACCGCCCGGUCCCAGACAGAGGAGCAGCGGUCCAACGAGCCCCUCUCCCCUGCCUGGCAGACAUCGGCGGCGGCGCGGACAGCCUUCUCAGCGCACUUGCUCCACCUCCCUCCCUCCCCGGACAGACCCUCUGGUGGAGUGCGCCAUCUCCCGACCCCCGGCUGGGCCCGGCAGGUCCACCACCAGUGUCGGUCGCUCCCCGGUCACACGGGCGAUGCAGUAUCCGCCAAGCAACUUGCAUGGACGGCCCUCACCGGCUCCACCGCGACCUCAGGUGGAGACAGGGGUCCCCGCGCCCCAUCCGGGUCCAGCAGCCCACCGAGGUCACGUACCUUCCAGCCCACAGAGCCGUCGCUUCGCCUUCAUCCUUCAACUAGGGCCUGCUCUUGACCACCCACCGUAG